AUGGUCAAAAUUCUGAGGUACCAUCGUCAUGCGGACCAAAAUGAGCCCAAAAUCGUGCGACAAAAAGGGCAAAAUUUGGGGAUUUCGGAUGGGACCUCCUCCAGCAUAUGCAGGGGUCCUACCGUUGCGCUUGCGCCGGCGUGUGCCGGAUAUAUCGGCAAGGAAUGUGGAUGUACUGCAGGUUGUGUCCUAGCGAAUAGGCUGAGCGCUUCGCCCGAUGUCCGUGUUCUGCUGGUUGAGCGCGGCCCUCUUGCAGAUAGCUGGGCCUCGCGAGUCCCUUUAUUCUCUUCUGAUUUUGCUUCGGAUGGCUCUCGUACAGUCAAACGACCGACUGUACAUCAAGACCAGCUCGGUCGGAAGAUCGAGCUGUACCAAGGCAAAGCACUUGGUGGAAGCUCAAGAAUCAACCAGAUGUUGUACACGAGAGGACUUCCUGCAGAUUACGAUGCUUGGAGGAAGGAGGGAAGACCAGCCUCUGACAGGGCAAUGUUUCCAGGAUUUUACAAAACUAUAGAUGCAUGCAGAGAUCUUGGGCUCCCGUACAUUCCCGACAUCAAUGCUCCAGAGCACCCUCCGUUUGGAAUUGGCCGUCUCCACUUCACGCGAGACAACAAUUCGCAUCGCAACUCGACCUACCACGCCUUCUUACCGAAGGAACUCGCAUUGGCUCGUCAAGACCGCCUCCAUAUCUGCACGAACGCUCUGGUGACGAAGAUUGACUUCGACUUCGUUCUUGGCGGAGCCAAGGUCACCGGUGUCCAGGUGUUUGAUAGCUUGACAGGACUCGCGAAAAGGAUUCGAGCAAGUAGGGAAGUGAUUGUCUGCGCAGGUCCACUGGUAUCGCCUCAAAUCCUAAUGCUUAGCGGUAUCGGUCCGUCCGAGCACCUCGAAGAACACCGCAUCGAUGUUGUGAAGGAUCUACCCGCCGUUGGAUCAAAUUUGCAAGAUCACUUUGGGGUGCCCCUCAUGUACCGUAUCCCAAUGAGAGACUCUCUGCUUGCUAUUGAAAUGCGGCCAUGGGUGUUUAUCAUUGAGUUCUUCCGGUACCUCCUUUUCGGGACCGGCCUGCUCCUUGAUCCAGUCUUGCAAUUGGCCAUCUUCACUUCUUCGCGCUUUCUGGAUGUUACCGGUGCUCCAUCUAAGACAAAUAGGACGAAGGGCGACGAUGUUCCUGACAUCGAGAUCAUGCCGUCUCGCGGCGUCUAUAGCUUCCUGAAUGUACUCCUCCGCCCAGAAAGCAAAGGCACCGUGCGACUGUCGUCGUCUGAUCACUCCGCGGACCUCAUCAUCGACACUCAAUAUCUCACCAAUUCUGCUGACUUGGCACCUCUGCCCGACGCAAACGAUGCAGAAUUAGAUGCGUACAUUAGGAAAAACAAUAGGACCACAUAUCACUACUCUUCGACGUGUAGGAUGGCGUCCGAAGACGAUCCUAAUGGUGGGGGUGUCGUGGACGACGAGCUAAGGGUGUAUGGAGUCGCUGGAUUGAGGGUCACGGAUUCAUCUAUCUUCCCCAGGGUUCUUGCUACACAUUUGCAAGCGCCGACUGUGGUCGUGGCGGAGAAGUGUGCCGAUAUGGUUUUGCGAGCGUAUAAGGGCGUAAGUUGA